AUGGAGAAUCUCCUCCUCCAACUCCAAUGGCGCUUAUUCCCUCUCCUAGGGCUCCUACUUUCAUUCCUCUUCGUCUUACUCUCCCGCAGUUCCCCUAAGGCAAGUCAACCCCUUCUUCUAAGUUCUAUCUCUUCACUCUCUUGUUUGUUUAUGAAAAUUUCCAAAUCCGUUGACGAAGCGAUUCGGUUUUCCAUUUUGCAGGUAUCUGAUAGGAGUGAAUGCAGUCUUCUUCCCCACAGCCAUUACUGGAUAGCCAGUAAUCGCAUCGUUACUACGCAGGGUGUCGUUUCUGGUGCAGUUGAGGUGAAGGAAGGGAAAAUUGCAUCCGUUGUCAAGGGUGAGGAUUGGAAAGGUGAUUCAAGGACCAAGCAAAUCAUCGAUUAUGGCGACGCCGUUGUCAUGCCUGGCUUGGUCGAUGUGCAUGUUCAUCUUGACGAUCCCGGACGCACUGAAUGGGAAGGAUUCCCGUCAGGAACUAAAUCAGCCGCCGCAGGGGGUAUUACAACAUUGAUUGAUAUGCCACUCAAUAGUUUUCCAUCAACUGUUUCUUCCGAGACUCUUAGGCUAAAGACAGAAGCAGCAACCGAUAACAUAUAUGUUGAUGUGGGGUUUUGGGGAGGACUUGUUCCUGAGAAUGCUUUUAAUGCUACCUCUCUUGAAGCUCUUCUAAGUGCUGGUGCCCUUGGCCUCAAGUCAUUCAUGUGCCCUUCCGGGAUUAAUGAUUUCCCCAUGACAAAUGCUAGUCACAUAAAGGUUUUUCUCUCCAGCUAGUGGCAUCCAGAGAAUCAACUCAAGAGAGGAUGAAUGAAUUUAAAUUUUUGCCACCUUUAGCCUUGACCAAUGUCUCUUGCUUAACCUUUUAUCAGGCAGGACUAGCUGUACUUGCGAAAUACAAAAGGCCUUUGCUUGUACAUGCAGAGAUGGAGCAAGAUGCACAAGCGAAUUACUUGGAAGAUGGUAUGAACAACGACCCUCGUUCAUAUUCAACGUACCUCAGGACUCGCCCACCAUCCUGGGAGGAGGCAGCCAUUCGAGAGCUCUUGACAGUGUCAGGGGACACGGCGCCUGGUGGUCCUGCAGAAGGAGCUCACCUUCACGUUGUUCAUUUAUCAGAUGCUGCUUCUUCCUUGCAACUUCUAAAGGAAGCAAAAGGUAGCGGGCACAGUGUAACUGUAGAGACAUGUCCACAUUACCUAGCAUUCUCUUCAGAGGAGAUCGAGGAUGGUGAUACUCGUUUCAAAUGCUCCCCACCCAUCCGUGAUGCUGCAAAUAGAGAAAUUCUCUGGAAGGCCGUUUUGGAAGGAGAUAUAGACAUGCUGAGUUCUGAUCAUUCUCCAUCUGUGCCGGAGCUUAAGCUCCGUGAAGAAGGUAACUUCUUGAAGGCUUGGGGCGGCAUAUCAUCUCUGCAGUUUGUUCUUCCGGUGACAUGGUCCCAUGGACGGAAGUACGGAGUGAGUCUUGAACAAGUGGCGCUAUGGUGGAGCGAAAGACCGGCCAAGCUUUCCGGACAAGAAUCCAAGGGGAGCAUUGCAGUUGGGAAACAGGCAGAUAUAGUUGUAUGGGAACCGGAUGUGGAAUUUGUCCUCAACAAAGAUCACCCCACGUACCUCAAACACCCAAGCAUCUCAGCGUACAUGGGGACAAAAUUGACGGGUAAGGUAUUGGCAACGUUUGUGAGAGGAAACCUAGUGUAUGAAGAUGGGAAGCACGCUUCUGCUGCCUGUGGUGCUACUCUGCUCUCAAAAGUGCCCGCCGACUUGUAAAUAUAUUGUCAUUUUCAGACAUGCUGGUACUGCUAGUAAGUGAAUAUUAUUUAAUAGGCUAAUUCCACUACAAGACCAAUACUAUAAAAAAACUAUGUAAAGUAUUCAAUAUGACAAUCCUAAUGUAUGAAUGACAAUUUGAAUCCGGCUCGCUCUGUGUAUCUACUUUCGGAUUAUAUCCUACUCGCAGUAGCGUUUGGUGGGCAUGGGUAUCUACUUUCGACCCGCUCUGUCCCGUUCUUGGGCUAUUAUGUCUCAAUUUCUUAUAGUAUAUAUUCAUAUUUCUCCUAUUUUGACUUUUGUUCAACUAGUUAGACUUGAUUUUUCAACUAGUUAUACUCAAUUACCCAUUUUAUGAUCACUAUUUUUCAUUCAUAUAGUGUUUCCUCCUUUUUAUAGGAAAAAGUACAAUUUUGCAUGAUUUUUUUUUUUUCAAAUAACAUAUAAGAGUGAGUCAAUCUGUCACGACCCGCCACAUUGCCAUCCAUUAUC